AAAAAAAAAAAAACGGGUAUUACAACUUCUACUGCGUAUCGCUUUCGAAAAAAAUGUGGAACGAAACUCAAGGAAUUCCUGAAAAGAAGGCAUGUGAUCGAGUUAAAGUGAACAUGUUGAAAGAGGAACAUACAUUAUUUAUUAUAAAACUCGUUGACGGUUUUGCACCAAUGACUUUACAGCAAAUGAGAGAAAAGUUGCUGGAAAAGUAUGUAGACAUUUCUAUUAGCAAAACCCAGUUUUAUCGUCAUGUCAAAGAAUAGUGCGCUUUAAGUUUUAAGAAACUAUAAAAGCUUACUAAGUAUCGUAAUUCACACGAAACUCUCUUAAAAAAAAAUUGCAGUUGAAUCUUGGCUAGUA